AUGGCGGUUUUCCUGAAAAGGAGCUUGAACCCAGAAAGCAGCCGUAGCAGCAGAUCAUCGUCAAGAAGGCAUCGCCAUGUCAGGCCCAAUUCUCAGUCACGUUCUCGACGGCUCCAGAACGAGCAGCACAGUAACCGUCAACCUUAUAACGAGCAACAUCAUUAUCAGCCAUACUCUCGACCCCUACACAUCUCACUGCCUCACGCUGUCCAACCAUCACAAACACCAUGGUCGUCCCCCUCGCCAAUGAUCACGGUCACUUCUUUUCAAGUCGACCACGGAAACGUGGGCAUAACAAUGGAGCGUACCCCUUCCGGGAACUCUAUCAUGUCCGACACUCCACAGCCCUACUCUUCCCUCCAAGACGAUCACACGCUAGACAGAUUCGACUCAGAGGCCGCGCACCUCGUCGAAACCGUCUCUUCGCGUCUCCCCGCUCACACGAAACACUCCCGUAUCCUGCGCUCGCUUAUCCACUCACCCUUCCCCAUUGACGACAUUGCCCUCGCCUCGAUCCUGCACUCCACCAACCUCCUCUUCUUCUCCGGGGUGCUUUCAGGCAGAGUCGAGUGGGAAUGGUCAUCCGCCCCUCGUUACUCCACCGAACUCAUCGGCACCACUGCCCUCCGUCGUCGUGAUGACGGCGACGGGUACGAAUGCCUGAUCGUGUUAAGCGAGCCGAUCUUAAGAGACGAGAAGUACGAUAGACGACUGCUACUGAGUGCCUUCUUCCACGAGCUCAUCCAUUGCUACCUUUUCGUGCUCUGUGGCUUCGAGGCGAGGAGGUGUGGCGGGCACACGGCGGGCUUUCGGCGGAUCGCCGGCGUGGUGGAUCGAUGGGUAGGCGAGGGCGUCUUGGGAUUGGGGUGCCUGAGGGCGAACUUAUUGCACUUCCGAAAGGAUCAAGGAGUGGUGCCGUUUGAGGGCGGGCCGUAUAGGGAGGAGAGGUGGCGAGCAUCUGAGUGGGAGCAGGAGCCGAAUCGUGAACGUGAGCGUGAACAGGAUGUGCGGGAGUGGAGUCCCAGGCUGGAGAGCGGGUUCUUGGACUCCGGCCAGAUGAUGGUGCCGAGGUACCAUUAA